CCGCGCCCCUUUACCACUCCAAUCCCCCUCGCUAUUCCCCCCACCCCCACUGUGUCUCUGUCCCUCCCCACUCCCAGGCAAGGCCGCGCUCAGCUCCGGCCGCCAUUUUAAGGCACGAUAGAAGUAAACAGAUUACCCCUUUCUCCUGCCUCAAACCGAGCCGCAUGCCCCGCGCUGGAAAAUUACUCACGAAACGCUGCAGCGGCGGCGUCGCGUUAAAAAUCCAGUGGUUUUGUUUGAAAAAAAACACCCAGCUUUCGCGCUUCCCCCUGGGAGAUGUAGUUCCGAGGACCGGAACUCGUACCCCGAGCCACUUCCUGUUAUUAUCACCAUGGCAACGGAGGAGGCCGCAGUAGCAGGAGGAGAGAAGCACCCUGCGACCGUGCUGCACUCCCGCUACUACAGCAGUCGGGAAGUGGCUGUCCAUAACACCAUGAAUGAUUUGUGGGUCUCCUACUUGGGAAAAGUCUAUGACCUGACCCCUUUAGCCGAACAGUUUAAAGGUGACAUUCUACUGAGACCCAUUUUAGAAGCAGCUGGACAAGAUAUCAGCCACUGGUUUGAUGAGAAGCGUAAAGAUAUACGCAUCAAGAUUGACCAGCUCACCAAUUGCCAGAAGUACCAUACUCCUCGUGGUCGCUUUGCUCACAUUCCACCCCUCAUGCCAAUGAGUGAUUGGUGUAAUGCCUUUGGGACGCCAUGGUGGAAAGAUCCAAAGUAUGAGGUUGGAUAUUUAACUGAAAAAACAAGAGAUAUCCGUAUUAUCAACACGCUAACAGGCCAAGAACAAGUGAUUGAGGUGUGCAGUGAGGAGACGGUGAAUGACAUUCUUGAGAGGUACCUGGAGUAUAAUGCACAUGCAGCCAGCUACACAUGGAAAUACGAUGGGGUACCUCUGAAAAUGGACAAGACGCUAGAGGAGAAUGGGAUUGUGGAUGAGGAUGAAACAUUCUAUGAUCUGCAGAUGGAGCCGGAUGACUAUCGCCAGUCCAUUCUGCUCUACUUCAAUGAUGACCUAACAGUGCUAUAGAGAGAGCUCCGACUUCACCAGAGGGAAAGCCUACAGUAUCUCCAACAAAUGCUGACUCUCACCCAUGACCCUGCUACUUGUAAUCAGAACGUUUUCAAGUUCACAAUAAAAUCAGCUUUUAUUAAAUGACUAUUUGAUUGAAUUAGCAGGUGAGGUCUGUCCAUCAGUUUCCUGCUGAUAACUCGAUCCCCUCAUCCUUCUGAUUUCUUGUUUUCUCAAUAGAUUUAUUGGAUGUGGGUGUCACUGGCUAGGCCAAGAUUUAUUGCCCAAAUUUCAGGUAUUGAAUAUUGAAUAUCGUUUAUUGUCACAUACACUCAAAAUAAAAUGCAGUGUAAAGUAUGCACCGUCGCUCGUACAUAAGCGCCAUUCACAGAAUAAAAUAAAGAAAGAUAACUUAAA